CUUGGAGUAUUUUUAGACUCUUUUUUUUUUUUGGUGUGUUGGCGCUUUUUUCUUUUGUUUCUCUUACAGCUUUCUGUUUUACAGUUAUUAUGACCAGCGGUAACCCUUUUGACGAUAAUCCAUGGUCCAACAAUGGCCCACGAUUUGGUAAUGCCUACGAGAACGAUUCAAACAAGUACGACUACUCGCCUUCACCUAUGCCUCAGCAACGCAUGCCUUCACCUUCGGACUACCAAACACCUGCUGCGAAUCGUCCUUGGGCUGAAUCCAACAAAACAGAAUAUGCAGAACACCACAGUGCUUGGAACAAUACACCACCUCCUUCGCAACCUGCAAACGCUUACCAAUACACGGGUACGCGUUUUGGAAACUCCAACGAUUUUGGCGGUAACGCUUAUUCGGCCACGCCCGUAUCACCUUCACCGGCUCCCACCCCGGCGUCCACCACCGCCAAACCCAGCAAUUCAGAGGUUGAAGCUGCAUUGCCGCCCGUCUGGAAAGACAAGUCUGGCCAUCCUUCCAAGCUUCGCCUAUUGCUUCGUUUCCUCCAGUUUAUCGCCAGUGUAGGCCACCUAGGCUUUGCGGCAGGAGCCCUACCUUAUUCCAAAAUCGACAGCAUUCCUUUUGACAGCAGUGCUUGCUUUUACUUUCUUUACGCGGUGGCUUGCAUGUCGAUUAUUUGGUCUGUAUUCCAAAUGUCGUUGUUUCUUCACCGACGCCUGUUUCACGGAAAUAAGAUGAAUCGAGUCAUCAUGUCCGGGAUCGACUUGUUCUUGACGCUGAUGUGGGGUAUUGGUAUCAUUGUGGAAAUCGCAAAGUUUACGUGCAAACCGGGCGGUUAUGACGGUUUCUGCAAUUUCUACAAUGUCAGUAUUUUCUGGGGUUUCUUGGCAUUUGUACUUUACAUUAUUGCGAUUGGUUGGGAUAUCAUCGGUUCCUGUAUGAACCGACGAAGAUAAAUCCGGCGACAAAACCACCCUCCUUCAUCCGAAAACGAUAUAGACCAAUCCAACCCAACCCAAACUUACACAUUUUAUCCAUAUCUAUGCUCAUGGAUAUGGAAAAAGAAGGAAAAACAAGGAAAAGAAUCCAAAUGAAGCAGAAAAGAAGGAAAAAGAACACAAAUCCAAAAAAAAGUUCACACUAAUCUAUUCCAGCCCUCUUUUUCUUCUUCAAUCCUCUGUAUCAUAUUUCUGUUUCCAUUCUUUAAUACUAUUCCCAGCUUACUUAUCUACUUUUUACUUCAUUCUUAUUAUCACUCUUUUUCACAUUCUUCAAUAUACUUAUGUUUGAAAGCGAGAGCAAG